GUUUAGGUUAAACGUCAGACUACAGUAUACACAUUUUUUUCUGUCGUCAAAUAGUCCAACUCUUUUAAAAUUUUUAGAAUGCCUUUAUUUGCCCAAAAUCCAUUUGACCAAGAUGUUGGGACCCUGCAGAAAAGAUGACGCUAGUUUUCCAGUGAUCUGAUUGGUCAGUGGUUGGGCUGUUGACAGGUUUUGAUCUGAUCCUCUGAAGUUAACCUGCUUCGGAGCAGACAAGGCAACCAAUGAAAACAACACAACAGAUGACUGGGGGCUCAUUAUGGACAUCUGCGAUAAGAUUGGGACAACAUCCAAUGGACCAAAGGACAGCUUGAGAUCCAUUAUGAAGAGAGUCAACCACAAAGUACCUCAUGUUGCCAUGCAAGCUCUUAAUUUGCUUGGUGCUUGUGUGUCAAACUGUGGCAAAAUAUUCCACUUGGAAAUCUGUUCAAGGGAGUUUGCCAGUGAAGUACGGAGUGUGCUGAGCAGGGCCCACCCUAAGGUGUGUGAAAAGCUAAAGGCUCUGAUGGUGGAGUGGGCAGAAGACUUCCAGAAGGAUCCACAACUUAGUCUAAUUGGUGCUACCAUCAAGUCUUUGAAAGAGGACGGCAUCACCUUCCCCACAUCCUCACAGGGGUCUACCACAAAGGUCAGCACACCAGCUGCGAGCAAAGCAUUGGAUGAUGACGACCUAGCCAAAGCCAUUGAGCUGUCCUUGCAGGAGCAGAAGCAGCAGGCAGAGACACGGCCCUUGACCAUGACCUCUGAUCCCCCAAGCUACACCAAUGGUGGAGGGGGGCAGGAGGUCCGUAAAGUGCGUGCACUGUAUGACUUUGAGGCUGCUGAAGAUAAUGAGUUGACCUUCAAAACUGGAGAACUAAUUCUGGUUUUGGAUGACAGCGAUCCAAAUUGGUGGAAAGGAGAGAACCACAGAGGAGUGGGUCUUUUCCCCUCCAACUUUGUCACAACCAAUCUCAAUGCUGAACCGGAGCCGGCGGCUUAUGUUGAAAAGACAGCCAGUCCUGAAGAGACAUGCCUGGAAACCAAAGUUGAGCCUGAGCCCGUCUUCAUAGAUGAGGGGAAGAUGGACAAAACGCUGGCACUGCUGCAGAAUGCAGAUCCUGCAGAUCCAGCUCCUGACUCCCCAGAGCUGAUCCAGCUGGAGGGUGCAUGUGAACAGAUGAACCCGAUGAUUGAUGAGAAGCUGGAGGAGAUUGACAGGAAACACUCAGAGCUGUCAGAGUUGAAUGUGAAAGUUUUGGAGGCCCUGGAGCUUUACAACAAGCUCAUGAACGAGGCUCCAUUCUACUCAUCCUACUCCAAGAUGCAACCACAGUAUGCACCAUCCAGCUCAGCUGUGGCCAUGCAGGGCUACCUCGGACCGGCUGGUGGUCCCUACCUGCCUCCAGCGAUGCCCCAAGUUCCCGCCAUACAGCCUUAUGGUCUGCCCAGCGACCAGCCCGGACCACUGCAUUCACUGCCUCCCAAUGUUUCAGCCCCACCCAACAGCCAAGCUGCUCAGCCCCCUUACAUGAGCGGUGGUAUGAACACUCAGUACAUGAACCAAGCUGCUGGAGCUUCAUACCCACCCCAGGCAGGUGUGGCCAUGGACAUGUCAACUUAUCACAACUCUAGCAUGCCUCCUGUGUCCUAUCCUAUGGCUGCUCCCCCUCACCAGGCUCCUCAACAGCAGCAGGCAGCAUAUUAUCAACAGCCUCUGCUGUAAAACUCCAAAUGACAGCAGACCUGAGACGAAUACACACGUCAGAUAUUUAAUUUGCCAGCUGUGUGUUCAUUUAGCUCACCUGUGUGUGUGUGUGAGAGAGAGAGAGAGAGAUAACUGCUUUAGGAUCAUUCCUUAGCACAUUUUUGUGCCUGUCAAGCUGGACUGAACACGCAGCAGGAAAGUUGAAAUAACUGAGGUGUGUACAUAACUCAGGUCUGCUGUACAGUUGAGUCAGGACUCGGCUACUGUAUGUGAGGCUAAACAUCGCACCAGGAGUUUUCUCCUGUCCUCUUCUUCUUCUUCUGGACCGACUGAAAGCAGCGCUGGUUUUCACAAUCAUCACAGGUCAAUAUAGAAGAAGAGUCGGGUUUGCUCAUCAGUAACAGUCAGAGAGCCAUUUUUGUCAAAUUUAUGGAAAUUAGCAUUUCACAAUCUAUAGUUCAACACAGUGCUACUCCCACACAAUACUAUUUCUGAGUUGGCUCUCUUCAAGGGUCAGACCAUGUCCACACUAAUGAGGAUAAAUGUGAAAAAAUGCUACUUAUUCUUUCUGACCGUUUAUUCACACUACUUUGUUUAUACUGGCUUUGUAGCAAAAGCAGCAUGUUAGCAGCAGCUGCAGUCCUCUGUCAUCGUUUUCAGCAUUUUCAACCAGAGUACUGCUGUACACCAGAAGUGUUUUGGCACACAGCCUAAUACAAGAUCAAGAGUGUUUUUAUAUGCACAAGGCUUGAAAAACACAUGGCUGAAACAGAUCCAGUAUAGAUGGCCUGCAAGCCGACAAAAACUUGUUUUCCAAAGUCAGAAAAAUUGGAAGCACUAGAAGGUGUUCCACAAUGACAUAAUUGACAGUGAAGUGGCAUUUUCAGAUUUAUCUGCAUUGAUGUGAACAUGGCCUAAAUGUUAUUUUAGUUUUUAACUACCAUCUUGUUUUUAAAUGCUUAGAUGAAUUCAUCUGAAGGCAGGUACAUAUUUAUUCUGACCAUCUCUUUGUUCUACAGUGCUGCUUCUAUUGAUUGAAACACUCUGUGCUGAUGAGAGUGCUCAUGUGUCUGCAAAGACAGCACUUACUAUAUCCGUGGGACAGGUAGCAGGUGCUCAGAAUGCACAGUUAUUUAAAAGUCAGGAGCUUCACUGUUCUUUCUUCCUCACCAGCACUCAUGACUGUAGCUGAUCUGUUAUGUUAACAGUUAUAUUUGUGUAAAUGGUUCAGACAUUGCUUUCCCCAUAAAUUUACUGCCUUGUAAUGCAUUCUGUGGUUGCAUUUGAGAUAUUUAAGAUGACAUUUUGUGUGUGUAUAUGUGUCUACAUGUGAGUUUUUUGCGUGUUUGUAUGUGUCUAAGGGCUUCUGCUCAUAAAAUGACACAGAUUUUUGCAAAGAUUGUUAGAUUUUAGGGUGAUCAGAGAUAUAUUUAGGUGAAUCUCUUUGUGUGUUUAUUGAUCUGAUAAAAUAAUGCAUCUGUUCAUUUUUAUUAUGUCAGUACCUUCCUGCCUCUUAUCUUCAUCUGUGGGGUCUUUCAUUUAGCAGAACCUGUUAGGAGUCUGUGUUUCAUGCAAAUGAGCAGCAGUACUGAGAUUUUUCAUGUCUAUGUACUUAAGUUUCAAUGACAUUGCCUCUACUUUGAUUUAUAUAUACUGAGACAUCAUACAUGUGUAUUUACAUGGUUGCAGAAUGUGCAAUGAUUGUUCCUACUUUCCGUCUGCUUUUACUUAAUUUCCAGGCAAAAUGUAAAUGGAACAAAAAUUUCAAAAGACUCAGAAAUCAUUUGUUGUGCUUAAUAUGAAGAAAAAGAAGUGAGACAUGAUUUUAACCUACCAUUGGUAUUACUCCAAAUUUGAGUUAAAAUUAAGGAGCAGCUUUUGCACAAUCUACAGUCGUGUUGCAGUAGCUCCUUAGUUAUAAUUUUAGCCAGAACUGUCGAUAUUUCCUUCAUGAGCCUCAUACUAAAGGCACUGUAUAUUAGAUGUAAGAUACCUGGUUUUGUCAGUGACAUUGACAUUGCACCUUAGCUUUGUAAAACAUUUAUUUACCACUGGAUGCCUUGUUUUUUCUAUAGAAAUCAAAGAACAACACAGAUACUUACUUUGACGAGUACAUUCAGUCUCAGAUAAGGAUAUGUAUAAUUCUGUAUAUUUAAAAUAUUCAAGAAAAAGUUCCUUUAUCCAGGAUUUUCAAACUGCUUUUGUAACAGAGCAAACAUAUAAAUAUUCUUUGAAAUAAAAAAAAUUGACCUGU